CGCUCAAAGAGGAGUCUCUUCUUUAUAAUACUAUAUGGAAAGACAUCAGAUUCCAUCGAGUUAAACAGUUUUGUCUAACUUUCCCUGUAGGUUGUAUGAUGUAUGUUGUUUUGGAUUAUUUUACAAACAAAGCUUUUCGAAAACAUUUUAAACCACAUUGUAAAAUAUCUAGAUAUUAGCUAGUAUGGCUUCAGUUUCGCUUCGUUCUUUUCCACAAUCCCUUAAAAAAUCUGUUUUCAUUUAGAUUUGUUUGCGCAAGUGUUGUACGGUUCGUGUAUCUGGAUACUACCUAUAUAUGAAUACCUCAUGGUGAACGAUCAGCAAGUCUCACUUAUACGCCAUUGGCUCAGUCUACAAUGGCACGAUUAAGUUCAUCGUUGUAUCUUCUAGUGGGUUGCUUGCUGCUUCAGCGCACAUUCGCUGAUCCACGCCCAGAGUUUGGUUCGAUCGGCACAGUGCAGUCGAGUUUGACUAUCAAAAACACUGCCAACUCAAUCACACCUUUGCUCGAAGCAGUAGACGAUAGAAAUGGGUUUGAAUUAAAAACGGAUUAUGACCUGUUCGUCCAGGUACUGCCUCUAAUGGAAUCCCUCGGUACCCAAGUGACUGAAUUAGGUCCUCCGAUAGCUAGUGCGAUUGUCACGGCCGUGCCUAAAACUGACAGAAACUAUGAUGGCGUGUUUGAUCCAAUUGUAAACGCCAUCGCUGACUUACAAGACUUUAUCGAUACAGAACAGGCCUCCACGCGUACAACCUUGACAGAUCUGCUCGGGGUAGAUAUCGACCAUCUGUUUGGUGAUUCUUUUGGCAACAUGGCUAAUGCACUUACGCAGGUGGAAUCUGCAAUGCUACGUUUGAAAGGUGCUCUUAGAACUGCAAUCAUACGAAACGGCAGAGCCCAAGUUGAUCCGACUAUUGUGACGAACGUAGUGGUCGCAGUUAGCUUUUUUAAGGCGACGAUAUCACCGGUGGAGUACACCAUUCAGUCCACUAUUGACAACAUUGAGCUUGCAGAUGAUUUCCUCUACAGUCUGGAAGACAUGAACGAGUCGUUGUUACAAGACCUACAGACGUACACCAGCGAAUUCGAAGAUUCGCUAACAAAUGACAUGGAUCUGGUAGAAGCAGCAAUAGACGACUUGGAAGAUGACUGGCAGGCGAUAAAUGAUGGGUUGUCUGAUGCCACAUCGAAUAUUGCCUCGUCUAGCGAAUACGAAGACGGCGCCUAUGUAGGAGUGGAAAAAUUCAGAUCCGCUUUCUCAGCAUUGUACACGUAUACAGAAAACAUUCCGGAUGAUAUUGAGGCAUACAUCGAAACUGCAGACACCUACUUUACGGAUUAUGUCGAAAUUCUAGUGCCACGGUCCUACGAAGCUAUCACAUACCUGAUCGAGGUGCUGGUUGCAGGUGGUCCACAUUCACGAUUCUGCUUCUUCAAGUAUUCGCCCCGGCUUAUCAACUAUUACGCAAUGCUCAUUAACGAUGUGGAGCGAUGCUACAACUUGGAAUCGUACCGACUAGGCUUUCUCGAAGAUGUGACUAAAGCGGUUUGUAAAUUGAUUCUGUUUGAUGUGGAAGACUUGCUUGACAACUUAACGGCGUGCAACACAAAGACCCCACCAGGACCAUGCCUUACUGCUAUUGGACCAUACUACAUAGCAUUGGGAGACAAGACAGAAGCUAAGGUGGCAUCAUUAGAAGCAUACGCAGAUGCCGAGUUAACUGCCAGUGUUAAACGUCUUGGCAGUUGUGUAGUUACCAGCAGAUUAAAGAAUAUGCAGGCACUUGUUUCGGCCUCGGACGAUGUCGAAACAUGUCACGAGAUGGGUCCACAAGAUCCGAAUUAGAUUGCCUUGAUUUUGCCCACAAAUGCUUACGAAUCGACAAGUAAGUUCGAUUAAUCGAUUGCUGAUUGCGAAUGUAAAAGGAUUCCUAUAUACAUCUGUAAUGUGUGUUUUAUUUUCGUAGAUCACAAUCGGUAAGCAUAAUCCAGAGCUUGAGCAGAAUGCAUUUUUUGCCAUGUUGAAUAAAUUUAGGUGGAAAUAUGCAAUAUACAUGUUUCUGAUUAGUUUGUGAAUUUAAUCUUAUCUAUACUAUUACCCUGUACCAAGGACGGAUUAUUGAAAUAUGCCUUAAAUAUGUUUAAUAAUUCAUUAUGUGACAGGCGUUACUCAGAACAAUGUUACCCCAAGAAGAAGCUUAAUAGGAAGGAAUGUAAAAUUUUAGAGAGAUGUUAAAACACCGCGAUCAUCAAUACGAAUCUACAUAAAAUUGAUAUGGGUCUAAUCCAGAUGUGGAAGUUCCACUGUGUUGGGCUCCGGAGGCGGUUUCAAAUCUUUUUGGAGCCGGCUCCGGCUGUGGAGCUGUUUCUCCCAUCACUAGUUGGGAGUAAGUAUUGCAAAACCGGUAAAAUUAAAAUUUUUAAAAAGUUCAACAGUUUCUUCGGUUUUGUAUAAGGCUCUAAUUACCAACACUUCCUAACUUUUCUUUAUGCAAAAAAAAAUAAACAAAGCUUUAAUCAUGUAAUACCGAUUGCGAAUUAAAACAUAGAACUGCUUUAAUGGGUACGGCUGUCAUUCAUAAACGUCAUUCGGCUAAUGCCAUCAAAUGGCAAUGUUAUUCAAGGUGGAUCAAAUUAGCCCCAUGCGAACUUAAUUUGAUUUAGCCGAUUAGUAAUAUAAAGAAUGAAAAGAAUAUCUAUCGAUUUUUGGGCCUUCGAUUUUCUUCUUCUUCGACCUACCGCAGCACACCUCACAAGACGCUAAGAUACAUCAG